AUGUCCUUGGCAGACACUGGGGCGGCACCGCCGCCGGGCAGCUCCGCUCUAGCAAAGCUUCGCCGAAACAACAAAGGAUUGGCAAACGCUUCCACCGCCUCGUUGCCCAACACCUCCAGCGAGAGCGACACGAGGAACUCUGGUGAGAACGCAAGCGACGAUGGCCGUCUGCGUGCCUCACUGGACGCUGCGAUCGACAAAGUGAAGGAGCGCACCAGCCGCAGGUCAUCUGCCGACGCUCGCAGCGGCAACGAGGAGGCAGGGCGCUUGUCGACGCUACUAUCCAAGACAAAGCGAAAGAUCAAGAAAUCCGAUCGCGAUGAUAAUGACGCCUCCCGCCGCAACAGCGUCAACUCUGCUCUGGUCGGACAGCUUGGAAACCGCUCGGAAUCCUCUCUUUUGGCUGGAAGUGGGCAUAGCAGUCUCUUGACGGACGACGAGAGAGUCGAUUCUGAAGGGUGAGUAUUGGUGUUUUCAUUGUGGUUGUUGAGGAAAGGGAGAGUCGCUUCGUACUCCUGUUCGCAAUGGGCAAGAAACACGGCGUUUUCCAGCUCCCCAGCUCCUACCUAGGUACCUUUUAGGGAGCCCGUGCCGCGCGUGCACGUGGCACGUCAUCAUGCCGCGCAUCUUUCAUCCCCAAACACAGCAAAGUCGGACAUUUGGUCCCACCUGUCGACAUUACUAACAACAGCAUUGCGACUCUCGCUUCGACGCUUAACGUGUCCAGCCCAGAUCUUCCUUGGCAGGUCUAGCAAAAAUCAUCAUCUCGAGUUCUCUUUGGCACUUGUUUGUUCUAUGCUUGGGGUCGCGUGAUUGACACAAGGCUUGCUACAGGAAUCCGAUCAGGCCAUCACUUUCACCGCACCUAUCUCAUGCGGGACUCUUGACCCUAUCCUCGCCCGAGCUCAAUCAGCAAGCCAGUCCUAUUCGAGCCGAAGCAGACGCCGUGCAUUCGUCAGGCGCUGCGUCUUCGGCUGAUCCAUCCGUCAGCAUUCCCCACAUCGUUGAGCCCACCACCGUGGACACGAUCCCACCUCCCGCCGGACGAGAGCGCAGUCCCUCGCCUGUCAACAAACUCCGGGGAGCUUUUCCAUUGUCGCGCAAAAAGUCUGGCGGUCUUGAGUCGGUAAAGUCUACCGGGAGUGGCAGUGGUGGAUUCGGAGGGUUGUUCAGGCCAUCAAGUAGGAGGAACAGCCUGAGCUCUCGACCAAACCCCGCGCCUCACCAGUCAGAGCAAGAGGAGACAACAGAGAAAUUGGAAGGGGAAGUGCUCUCAGUUCGGGAGCAGGCGCAAGACAGACCGCAAACACCGAAGUCGCGUGUCAAGCAGCCACUCGAUACCUCUAUACCAGCCACUCCUCCGAACCCUGUAGACGCUCCGACGACCUUUAUUACCCCUCCUACACCUACGGACUUCAACGGCGGUACAUUCUCUAGAUCUCAUUCACCCGACAAGGGAUCUCCUAAGCCACCGAGCUCUGUCGAGAGCAUCAGGCAGCGUCGAGCGCAAUCCGCAAUCAUACCCAGCAAGCUAUCUACCUCCGUCACCGCACCUCUUACCCCGACUGUCGAAGAAACCAAGACACCCGGUGGUACUCUGACCCAGCCAAACGCCCCCGGUGGUUUCUUUGGAUUCUUCUCUGCUGCGCAGAAAGCAAGUGUCCAAUUCAGUAACAGUAUCAGUAGUUCCAUUCUACCAAACCAAAAGAGCAAGCCAGGUAGCACAGUGGCUCCGGAAAUUGAAGGAGGAGAGGAGGUAAUACCUGGUGUAGGAAGCCGACCAGGAACCGGAGUUGAGUUGGACGAUAAGCAGCCACUGGCUGUUGGGACGCUCGGGAAAGGUAAUCUGAGCUUCAGCCACUUGGGUAUAUCAGAAAGCAGAGAUACAAGUCCGAUGACUUCCACGACCGAUCUGCCGCAAACAAGCAACCAGAUGCAAAAUGGCGAUAGUGGCAGAAAAGCAGAGGAAGAAGCUGCUGCUCGUGCGGUCUCUUCGGCUUAUGAGAAGCCCAUUGUCAACACGACGGGCGGACGACCUUUAUCGAUAGCUUCCAAUGAGCGCCAUGCCUUAAAUGGUGACCAGACUCCUCCCAGGGCCCCCGUCGACCCCGAAAGCAAUAACAUCAAGAGGUCUGGUAGUGUUCGAAGCAAGCUCAGUGGGCGACGGAAGCACCGUGGUAGCUCUGCAACGGCCGGCACAACAAACUCUAUUGCCGCUGCGCUCCGGGAUACUACAACGGGACUUGCCAAUCCAUCAGUUCAUGGCGCAGGCCACCGGCUGACCGGAUUUGCCGUGGCGAGCAGUAAGCGAAACAAAGACUUCCAUCAACUGUUCCGGAGCGUUCCCGAGGAUGACUAUCUUAUCGAAGACUACAGCGCAGCGUUGCAACGAGACAUCCUGUUGCAUGGUCGGCUAUACGUCUCGGAGGGUCAUAUAUGCUUCUCCAGCAACAUCCUUGGCUGGGUGACCAACUUGGUGAUCAGCUUUGACGAAGUCGUCUCCGUUGAGAAGAAAAGCACAGCGGUCAUAUUUCCCAACGCGAUUGUCAUUUCCACACUACAUGCUCGGAAUACAUUUGCAAGUUUUGUGGCCCGCGACUCUACAUACGAGCUCCUCAUCGGUAUUUGGAAGAUCAGCCACCCAAACCUGAAAAGUUCUCUCAAUGGUGUCACAUUAGACGAUGCCGGCACCGGAGACAAGACUGAAGUCGCAGAGCCGGCCUCAGAAGGCGAAACUGAAGACGGCACAGAAGAUGAGGUAUACGACGAGGACGCCGACGACGAUGCAGGCAGCUUUACCGAUGGUGGUCUUGCCGCCAGUGUGGCGGGCAGCGAAAUGGGUGACAUGCCUUUGAGUAGAAAGCCGUCUGGCCUUCCGAUUUCCUUUGUACCUCAAGCUAACGGACUAGGAUCGCAAGGUCUGGAGGCUGCCGAUGCAGUAGUCACUGGCGCGGCAGUCAGCAGCGACUUCCCAGGCGCCCCAGCUCACGAUCCGACACAAUGCUCAGAUGCUGCUGAGCAUUAUGACAAGCCUCUCACAGACACAACGAUUCCCGCUCCUCUCGGCAAAGUAUACUCAAUAAUGUUUGGACCAGCAUCAGGGGCAUUCAUGCGCAAAUGGCUGGUGGAAGACCAAAAAUCUCGAGAUCUCAAUUACGUCGACGACAAGACUGGCCUUGACAACGAGCACACAAGUUUCACGUUUGAUUACAUCAAGCCUCUUACCGCCUCGGUAGGGCCAAGGCAAACCAAGUGCAUAACAACAAAUACACUGAAGGCCUUCGAUUUGGAGAAAGCCGUCUCAAUUGAUUGCAGCACGCAGACACCUGACGUCCCAAGUGGCAACGUAUUCACUACGAAGACAAGAUACUGUCUCAUGUGGGGCCCUGGUAAUUCAACGCGGCUCAUUGCCAGCUGCACAGUCGAAUGGACUGGCAAGAGUUGGCUGAAAGGUCAGUGGAACGUCGGGAUUGGGAAGGUUUCAUCCACUGACAUGUUCUAGGUCCCAUCGAAAAGGGCGCAGAAAACGGGCAGAUUGAGUAUGUCAAUCACAUUGUGACCGCACUGAAAGCAGCGGUGACCACCAAGCCACCCGUCAAAGGCAUGCCACGAAAAGGAAAGCGUAAGGGCAAGAAGGAAGUCUUUGAUGCGGAGGAGGCCAUCACUCACCGAGAAGCCGUUGUUGCCGCCGAACAGAAAUCGCCGGACUGGGGGGUCCUGCAACCUGUACACCAGCUCUUGGAGAUUCUAAUCGCGCUUGUUCGGCCUUUCAUAACAUCUCAGGUCAUGAUCGCGGUACUGUCUGUGCUCUUGGCAUACACAUGGUUCUUCCAACCUCGCGGAGGGACCGGUGUCGGCUAUCCCGGAUAUUCGUCCCCCGACCGGAUCGCUGCGUACGAAGAGAUCUGGCGGAGAGAAGAGAGUGCUUUGUGGGAUUGGCUGGAAGAUCGUGUCGGUGUCGAUGGCGGCAGCAUGCCACCUUUGAGCAAAGCUGAGACGGAUAGACAAAAGGUGUUGCGUGCACAAGGGAUGGGCAAGCAGCUUGAGAACGAGCGCAUGUCGGAAAGGGAGAUGGACGAGCAAAUCCGAUCAACGGAGGAGAAGCUUGCUGCUUUGAAAGAAGCCGUGGGAAGAAACAAGGCGAAGCGGCGUAAGACUGCUUGA